AUGGCAGACGCAGGGCCUUACAGCACCCAGAUGAGCACAGAAAGCUCCACGUGGCUUUCCCAUUAUACUCUGAGGAUCUCCAGGCAGCUGAGAAGUCCUCAGGUUAGAGUGGAUUCCGUCAUCUCUGAGAGCGGGUUCUGCAACGCCACCCUGAGGUGUUCUGUGGAGGGAGCAGACCACGUCACAUAUCAGUGGACGCCAAUGGGACCACGGGCUGUCGUGUCCCAGGAAGGGUCUGUCCUCAGUGAUGCCUGGAGCCUUCAUGACCUGGAUCGGACAUACACCUGCAUGGCUGAGAAUCCUGUGAGCAGUUACAGCUCCACUCCACUCCCUGUUGGGCAGCUUUGUACAAAACAAAAGCUGAUGCAAGUGUCAGAGCCGAUUAAAGACAGUAACGUGUGCUGGCUCCGUGGUGCUGUGGAGAUGCUCUGCUCAAGCAAAGCUGAAGCCAAAAGGAAGAGUGCAGGUUCCAUUCCCCAGCUGACCUGUAACGCAGUUUCACAACCCAGCUCAACCCCAGUGGUGGUGAACGGGGCUCUGGGGAAGUCGGUAACUCUUCCCCUGGAGUUUCCCACAGGAGGGAAGGCCGAGGACAUCAUAGCCAUCACUGUGCUUUACAGCGGAAGAUCUAUUGCCUUUAUAAACCCGAGAGAAGCAGGAAGUCUACAUGUGAUGGAUCCUAAAUGGAAAACACGACUGAACUUCAUUCAUCCUGACUCCGUGCAGCUUAACAACCUGACGCUGGCUGACGCAGGACCUUACAGCGCCCAGAUGUCCACAGAAAACUCCACGUGGCUCUCCAGAUACACUCUGAGGAUUUUCAGGCAGCUGAGAAGACCUCAGGUUAGAGUGGAUUCUGUCAUCUCUGAGAAUGGGUCCUGCAUUGCCACCCUGAGGUGUUCUGUGGAGGACGCAGACCAUGUCACGUAUCAGUGGACGCCAAUGGGACCACGGGCUGUCGUGUCCCAGGAAGGGUCUGUCCUCAGUGACGCCUGGAGUCUUCAUGACCUGGAUAGGAUCUACACCUGCAUGGCUCAGAAUCCUGUGAGCAGUUACAGCUCCACUCCACUCCCUGUUGGGCAGCUUUGUACAGGUUCCAAGGCAGCUGAAGCCACCUACUGUCCAGUGACAUGGAUUUUCCUGGGGAAAGGGCUUCUUCUCCUUGUGUUCCUAGGGGUUCUAGGAACUUGGCACAUCCAGACACGGAUGCUCAGCAUGAAAAGAGACAAGUAAUGGCCCAGGAAAGACAGGUUGUGCCAAGAUGAGGUUAUUUAUUUUGGGGGCUCAAUGAAAUGACCUGUACUCUGUUCAAACUGUAGUACUAUGGACUGUCAAAGGCCACUGGGGGAUAUGGGGAGGGGGCAGCCAGUGGCAUGAUGGUUAACAUGACUGGAUCCCAUAUGGUUGUCUACACAGUUCAAGUCCUGGACUGAGUGGCUUGUGAAAAAUGUCACAUAUGUGUGCAUGCCUCCCCUAAAUCCCGAAAAGCAGGAGACAUGGAGGAGAAGGGAUCACAGUACGACCAUCGUCCAUGGGCAGUGCUCUCUCAUUUUCCGUCUAUCUUUCUCUCUCCUUUGUUCUAUGUUUAAAAAAGAGUAAGAACAAAGAGGUCACUGGGAUAAAAUUUAAUACUUUGUCAUAUAUGAGUCAUUGUGCAUGCACAUUUUAUGAGAAUGCGAAAGUCUGACUGA